CAAAGUUUCCUUUGUGAGUCGAAGGGGUGCACCACUAAAGUCAAAGCCGUUUAACCUCGUUAACAACAUUAAUAACUAAAAUGAUAAGUAGCUAACGAGAACACGUAUUAAUUUAAAUAAUAAAGUCACGACACAGAGAAAGAUACCUUGCAAUUUGGUUGAAAGCUACAGGCUCCACCGCGUGACUAGACUGACAGGUAGCUGCUAGCAUCAGAUGCUAAGCUAACUAUUUAUUGUAGCUAACUGUCUGGAGCGGGGGAGGUGGACUUGUCUAGCUAUCUUUACUGUCGAUAUAUUCGCAUAAAACCAUUUUCUGUUUGCUGCUGUGGAAGUAUUUGAUUUCGUUAUUCAAUAGUUCUGCGUUGGACCAUUCAACACUCAUCCCAACUGUGUGCUGAAAUGGAAAAACCCUCCCAUUUGUUUUCAAGUAUUUAGAGGAACAGGUCUCUCUUUCACCCUGGCAACGCUGGAGCCACAGGAUGGGACGGAGCCAAAUACCGGCAUCAUGGUUGUUGCUGUAGCACCCGGUUCCGCACCUAGCCCGCGGAGCGAAGCAGUGACUAAUGAGCUACAGGAGAUGACUCUGCAGCCCGCCUCCAACAGCAUGCCUGUGCGGGACAGGAAGAAUGCUCUCCCAGCCAUGUACCAGUGGACAGCUUACAUCUCCACAGGAGAGGGUUUAGAGAGAUGGAGAUUAGCUGGUCAGAUGAGGAUGAAGGAGAUGGAGGUCCUCCAGCUCAAACUACAGCAGAGACGCACCCGGGAGGAGCUGGUCAGCCAAGGGAUUAUGCCACCACUGAAGAGUCCGGCAGCCUUCCACGAGCAGCGGAGGAAUCUGGAGAGAGCCAGGACUGAGGACUAUCUGAAGAGGAAGAUCAGGAGUCGUCCUGAGCGCUCAGAGCUGGUCAGGAUGCACAUACUGGAGGAGACGUCAGCGGAGCCGUCUCUGCAGGCCAAGCAGCUGCAGCUGAAGAGGGCCAGGUUGGCUGAUGACCUUAAUGAUAAGAUCUCCCACAGACCUGGUCCUAUAGAGCUCAUCCACAAGAACAUCCUGCCUGUAGACCUGGACUGUCCUCUGCAGCACUCACUACUGGAUUCUCCAAAGGGCGCAGGAGAAUCCUCAUUGGACGAGGACAGCAGUGAUGCAUUUUCUCCGGAUACGCUAGCCAAUCACGACUCUCCCCUGGGUCCACUCUCCCAGCUGUCCCCCUCUGACAUGCUCACUCAGAACAGGGACAUGUCCCCCUCACAGGUAUUCCUUACCCAGGUCCCACCACCACCUCCGCAGUUGGUGAAUGGCCAAGACUCAUUGCCACCACAGAAGCUGACCAAUGGUUCAGCGAUGUCGGGAGCUUCCUGCCCUGCUACUGGUCAGACCAAGUCGAAGCCCAGUUCGGAGCGGCCCCCCCAGAGGCCUAAGAAGGCCAAAGACAACAAGCCCAAGGUGAAGAAGCUCAAGUACCACCAGUACAUCCCUCCGGACCAGAAGGCUGACCGGGAGCCUCCCCCUCAGCUGGACUCCACCUACACCAAGAUCCUCCACCAGCAGCAGCUCUUCCUCCAGCUGCAGAUCCUCCACCAGCAGCAGCAGCACUACAACUACCACACCAUCCUCCCAGCACCACCCAAACCACCUGCAGAGCAACCACCUUCAACCAACCCCGCCCCCUCUCUUUUGCGCAGUGUUCCCCCGACGACCUCUGCCUCUUCCAAUCAGAAUGGGUCCAGUCGUCAGAGCCAAACCCCUGUGGGAGGAACCAAACCUUUGACGCUACCAGCCAACCUGGAUGACUUCAAAGUUGCUGAGCUGAAACAGGAGCUGAAACUACGGUGUUUGACCGUGUCUGGCACCAAGAUGGACCUGAUCGAGAGGCUGAGGAACUACCAGGAGCAGAACGGUGGAGGUCGAGCUGGUGUUACUGCUACUGUAAGCCCUAAACCCAGCCAACCAACCCCACCGCAAGCCUCAACCGAACCUGCUGGCUCCAUCAGCCCUGCCCCCUCCCAGGCCGGAACUAAUCCCCUCACCCACCAUUCAGGAGAGGCAGCAAGGAAGAUACCCGCUUUCUCAUUGGCUCAGAGUGCCGCUCCGGCCUGUAUUAUGAGGUUUGGCAGUACGAGCUCCUCCCCUCCACUCUCCCCCACCCCGUCAGAACGAUCUCUGGCAGUGAUGAGCCCCGACGAGACCAGCUGUAAUGGAGACGUGUUCGGGGAGAUGGUGAGCUCUCCCCUGACCCAGCUCAGUCUGCACCCCUCUCCACAGCACCCCUUCCCAGCCUCCAUCAAAGAGGAGAACCAGGGUCACUUAUCCACCUGCAGCCUCUCCCAGUCCCAGCCUUCUCCCACCAAGCUUCAGCCUGCCGCCCCACCUCAGGAGCCCCUAGCCGGGGCAACCAUGGAGGCCUCCCCCUUGGACAAGGACCAGAUGCUUCAGGAGAAGGACAAGCAGAUUGAGGAGCUGACACGCAUGCUGAGGCAGAAACAGAGGCUGGUGGAGAACCUGCGCUCACAGUUGGAGCAGGGGCUACAGACUGGAGCAGUGAGAGAGAUGGAGGGAGAAGAGAUGGAGGGAGAACAGGGAGUGGUGAUGAACGGCUAUGCCCAGGAGGCCCAAACCACCCCCAUCAAAGCCUCUACCAUCCUCCAUCUCUCUCUCACCAACACAGACAUGGUGAGGGUCAAGAAUGAGGUAGAGACAGAAGAAGGGAUGGAGGGAGUGGACGAGGCUCAGCCGACACAGUGCUCUCAGCAGACCCUGCUCAAACUGCAGCAGAUCCCCCGGAUACAGGUUGAACAACAGACACAACAAAUACUACAGACACAACAACUGAAACAACAGCAGACACAACAACAGCAGACACAACAACAGCAGACACAACAACAGCAGACACAACAACAGCAGACACAACAACAGCAGACACAACAACAGCAGACACAACAACAGCAGACACACUCACUACAACAACAACAGACACACUCACUACAACAACAACAGACACAACAGCAUUCCAAACAGCUCCAGCAACAACAGACACAGCAGAUGCAGCAGCAGAAGACUUCGGCCCUGUUGUUAUUCCAGCAACAGCAGCAGCUGAUCAUCCAGCAGACUCAGCAGAAACAGCUCCAGCUGCAGGCCAAACAGCUGCAGGCCAAACAGCUGCAGGCCAAACAGCUGCAGGCCAAACAGCUGCAGGCCAAACAGCUGCAGGCCAAACAGCUGCAGGACCAACAGCUGCAGGACCAACAGCUGCAGGACCAACAGCUGCAGGACCAACAGCUGCAGGACCAACAGCUGCAGGACCAACAGCUGCAGGACCAACAGCUGCAGGCCAAACAGCUGCAGGACCAACAGCUGCAGGACAAACAGCUGCAGGACCAACAGUUGCAGGACCAACAGCUGCAGGACCAACAGUUGCAAGUACUGCAGAGGACGCAGCAGAGACAGCAGCAGAACAAACAACCGAGUCAGACAGUCACACCACAACAGGUCACUCCAGUCUUCAUCAGCCAACAGAAUGGCACCCAGGUCCCCGCCCAGACCUUCUCAUUGGACCUCCUCAAGUCGGGCACCACGCCCACCCUGGUCACCGACAGCAAUGGCAACCACUACCUGAUAGCACUGACCAAUAACAGUGCAGAGGGCCAAAACGGCGUGACCUCAUUGGGCAAAACCAGUGGAUCGCAACGCAUCACACUGCAGCGAUUGCAGUCAACUUCAAGCAAGCUCCCCAGCCAAUUGCCAGCUGAGAUACUGAGCCCCGAUACCCAAUCAAAACAACAGUUACAACCAGGCCCUGUCACCCAGUUUAUCAAAAAGAAGGCGGGUCUACAUCUGGAAACAAAUGGCAUAACCAAUGGGGUGCCAGAGCCCACUCAGUCUGUCUCCGCCCCGCUCAAUCUCGAUCCUUUCUUUGGCGAGGUGUCCAACUUGUCUGAAAGCCAAAGCACCUCUUCCCUUUCCCUCAAGAGAGAAGUGUGUCCGACUUUUGACCGGCACACUUUGUUCACCCCUCCCUCUCCUGAACAGACCUCUUUCUCCUUCACUCAACGCCCCAAAGAGAAUAGGCUGAGCAGUCAACAGAUGGAUGAUCUGUUUGACAUCCUCUUGAAGAGUGGCGAAAUCUCCGGAUUCCGAGCCAACCCAGACUCUUCCCUGGCCCAAAACCACUCCGACCCCCCCACCCCUCCCUCGUCCCCUCUCCACAUCUCGCCGUCCACCACCCCUCCGGAGUCCUCCCUGCCCGCUGUGCCUUCCCAGCAGCCCUCGCCAUCACCCUGCACAGGAAGUGGUCGUCUGGAGGACUUCCUAGAGAGCACCACGGGCACGCCCCUCCUGGGGGUGGAGCCUGAUGGCGGUCUGACUUUGAUUGACGACCUCCAUAGCCAAAUGCUGAGCACCCCCAGCAUCCUGGACCAUCCCCCCUCCCCGGUGGACAUGGACACUAGCGACCUGGGCUUCUCCACCCACCCGGCAGGGCUUGACUUCGGGGACCCAGCCCUGGACAGCAUGGACUGGCUGGACAUCUCUAUGGGUGGUGGAGGUGGGAGGACGAGUCUCGCCCCUCUCGGCCCCCACACGCCCCCCAGUGUGUUCUCAGCGGACUUCCUGGACAGCUCGGACCUCACUCUGCACUGGGACUCCUGUUUGUAGCUCUUACGGAGUGAGGAGUACGCAUACUGUGUACAGGCUCUCUCUGUCUUAUUCGCUAAACAGGUCCACCACUCUGGACGUACACUGAGACGGGGAGUCUUGUCCUGCGUUCACUCUGCCCUCUCGUCAUGUUUGGACAGGCUAGAGAGCAAAACUGACUUUAGAUCAGAGGCAGUGUGUGAAGGGAAUAGUGUGGAGUUUGGUCACGCUCUGACACAUCCUUCUGGUGACAAAGGGUAACACAUGUGAAAGGCAGCCCCGAUGAGUCAGUGGUGCCUCUAACUUUGCACUUAUGCUGAGACUGUUGAUUCGUGAAAAGUUGUAAUGAACACAUCUCAUUGGUGGAAACCUACUAAUGAAUCAAACCUCAUUGGUGCAAACCAGGGGUGCGUUCAGUACGAAAGAAUGGUGUUAAGUUUUCUCCAUCAAAUCAUUUAUCUCAACGAAAACUGUACUCCACUAAAUGGCCAGUUGAAGAACAGUGUGAUUAUGGUGGCCCAGAGGGAGAUUGUAAAUGGUGUGUGCUGCAUGAGUUUUACGAUUUUAAAUGGUCACACCCAUAUUGGUCAUGCCACACCCACCAAACGAGAGCAAACACACCUCAAAGACUUUUGAUGAACGGUACACACCGUUUUGGGGAAGCGUGUCAUUCAGUACAAACUGUCACGCAACGUUAAAUUGAACGCACCCAAGUUGAUGAAAUGAACCUCAUUGGAGGAGGCAGUUACUGGAGGUGUUUGCUAGACGACUAUGCAUUUCUGUAUAUGAGGUGUGUAUUAUCGAUUAUUCAUAUUUUUCUUCCCGGUUGCUUAGAAUAACAGGUAGGGUAUAAAGGGGUCUCAGCUUCCCAAAAACAUUUUUAUGGAAAAAAAAAAUAUAUAUAUAUAUAUAUAUAUAUAUAUAUAUAUAUAUAUAUAUAUAUAUAUAUAUAUAUAAAAAUGAAAACUUGAAUGCGUCUUUGUUUUAUUUUUUAGAAACCUUUUACACUGUAAAUAAUUUGGUGACUGUAUUUUUAUUUUAGCAAGGAGUCCCAUUGAGACUAAGGCCUCUUUUUCAAGGGAGCCGCGCUUGAACAGAAUGUAUAACUCUUCAGCUGCUAUACGUGCAGCUGAACACACCAUUGGGUGCACACUGCCUACCCAACAGGACACCUACAACUCCAAGUGUUGCAGGAAGUCCAAGAGGAUCAUCAGGGACCCCAGGCACGCCCUGUUCUCCCCACUUCAUACACUCAGACACGGGCUUCACAGGAGCAUCAUGGCAAAAACGGAGACUGGCUAAUAGUUUCUACCCUCUGGCUAAUAGUUUCUACACUCAGACCAUAAGGCUGCUGAAUAGCCACCACUAGUCAGUUAGCUCCCCUGUUAUUCCCCCUAUGGACUUUCUCUGCUCCCACCUCAAUGACAGUCAUCACUGUUGCAGUUAAUAUGUAUAUUAUUACAAUUUAUUGUUUUUAAUUUCACUUGGUCCCCAGACCCCCUCAAUGGUCAUUCUCCCCCUACCCCCUCAACAGUUCUUACUAUGCCUCCACCCCAAUGGACAUUUACUUAUUCAUCACUGCCAGUUAUGAUGUGUAUAUAGUCCUAUUUUGGUUUAUUUUUUAUUACCAUUUUCAUUCUUUUAUUAAACGUAGUCCUGAAUGUUGGAGCUCGAAGCCUAAGUUUUUCACUGUACCCUGCAAUCACACCUGCAACCCUGUACAUGUGAAUAUCAGUUCUACCAAAUCUCCAUCAACAUGUUAAAUGUGCAACCAGAGGGGAAACAAAUCUAGAUCACCUGUACUCCACACACAGAGACGCCUACAAAGCUCCCUCGCCCUCCAUUUGGUAAAUCCGUCCACAACUCUAUCCUCCUGAUUCCUGCUUACAAGCAAAAAUUAAAGCAGGAAGCACCAGUGACUCGGUCUAUAAAAAAGUGGUCAGAUGAAGCAGAUGCUAAACUACAGGACUGUUUUGCUAUCACAGACUGGAACAUGUUCCGGGAUUCUUCCGAUGGCAUUGAGGAGUAUACCUCAUCAGUCACUGGUUUAUCAAUAAGUGCAUCGAGGACGUCGUCCCCACAGUGACUGUAUGUACAUACCCCAACCAGAAGCCAUGGAUUACAGGCAACAUUCACACUGAGCUAAAGGGUAGAGCUGCUGCUUUCAUGUUGCGGGACUCUAACCCGGAAGCUUAUAAGAAAUCCUGCUUAUGCCCUGCAACGAACCAUCAAACGGGCAAAGCGUCAAUACAGAGCUAAGAUUGAAUCAUACUACACCGGCUCUGACGCUUGUCUUAUGUGGCAGGGCUUGCAAACUAUUUACAGACUACAAAGGGAAGCACAGCCACGAGCUGCCCAGUGACACGAGCCUACCAGACGAGCUAAAUUAUUCUAUGCUCGCUUCGAGGCAAGCAACAUUAAGGCAUGCAUGAGAGCAUCAACUGUUCCGGACGACUUUGUGAUCACGCUCUCCGUAGCCAACGUGAGUAAGACCUUUAAACAGGUCAACAUACACAAGGCUGCGGGGCCAGAUGGAUUACCAGGACGUGUUCUCCAGGCAUGUGCUGACCAACUGGCAGGUGUCUUCACUGACAUUUUCAACAUGUCCCUGAUUGAGUCUGUAAUACCAACAUGUUUCAAGCAGACCACCAUAGUCCCUGUGCACAAGAACACAAAGGCAACCUUCCUAAAUGACUACAGACCCGUAGCACUCAUGUCCGUAGCCAUGAAGUGCUUUGAAAGAUUGGUAAUGGCUCACAUCAACACCAUUAUCCCAGAAACCCUAGACACACUCCAAUUUGCAUACCGCCCAAACAGAUCCACAGAUGAUGCAAUCUCUAUUGCACUCCACAUUGCCCUUUCCCACCUGGACAAAAGGAACACUUAUGUGGGAAUGCAGUUCAUUGACUACAGCUCUACAGCCUAUAGGGAGGAGGUCAAAGACCUGGCCGGGUGGUGCCAGAAUAACAAUCAUCCCUCAACGUAACCAAGACUAAGGAGAUGAUUGUGGAUUACAGGAAAAGGAGGACCGAGCACGCCCCCAUUCUUCUCAUCGACGGGGUGGUGGAGCAGGUUGAGAGCUUCAAGUUCCAUGGUGUCCACAUCAACAACAAACUAACAUGGUCCAAACACGCCAAGACAGUCGUGAAGAGGGCACGACAAAGCCUCUCAGGAAACUAAAAAGAUUUGGCAUUGGUCCUGAGAGCCUCAAAAGAUUCUACAGCUGCAACAUCGAGAGCAUCUUGACUGGUUGCAUCACUGGCUGAUACAGCAACUGCUUGGCCUCUGACCGCAAGGCACUACAGAGGGUAGUGCGUACGGCCCAGUACAUCACUGGGGCUAAGCUGCCUGCCAUCCAGGACCUCUACACCAGGCGGUGUCAGAGGAAGGCCCUAAAAAUUGUCAAAGACCCUAGCUACCCCAGUCAUAGACUGUUCUCUCUGCUACCGCAUGGCAAGCGGUACCGGAGUGCCAAGUCUAGGACAAAAAGGCUUCUCAACUAUUUGCAUUGUGUGCCCCCCCCAACCCCUCUUUUACGCUGCUGCUACUCUCUGUUUAUCAUAUAUGCAUAGUCACUUUAACUAUACAUUCAUAAACAUACUACCUCAUUUGGGCCAACCAACCAGUGCUCUCGCACAUUGGCUAACCAGGCUAUCUGCAUUGUGUCCUGCCACCCACCACCCGCCAACCCCUCUUUUACGCUACUGCUACUUUCUGUUCAUCAUAUAUGCAUAGUCACUUUAACCAUAUCUACAUGUGCAUACUACCUCAAUCAGCCUGACUAACCGGUGUCUGCAUGUAGCCUCGCAACUUUUAUAGCCUCGCUACUGCAUAUAGCCUGUCUUUUUACUGUUGUUUUAUUUCUUAACUUUCCUAUUGUUCACCUAAUACCUUUUUUGCAGUAUUGGUUAGAGCCUGUAAGUAAGCAUUUCACUGUGAGGUCUACACCUGUUGUAUUCAGCGCACGUGACAAUCUUUGAUUUGAUAUUAAACACUGAAUCUGAAUCUAA